AGUCGUCCAUUUCUGGUGGUUGUUGUUGGGUGGCUCUCUCUGGCUCCCGCCCACCUUCUAUCGUGCUUUGUUUUGAUCUCUUAAUUCCCUACUACUACCUGAAUAUCCGUCGAAUUGCAAUUGAAUUCGAUUUGGUUUAAGGUAGGGGACGAUAACAUUCGCCUCCCUCAUCUGUGAAAACAAAGAAUGCUGAAAUCCAACGAACAAUGGGGUUAGGUGGGAAAUUUCCAAAUUUUACGAAGUGACGUCAGCUUUCGAUUUUUUUCAUUUCUUUUUCUACCCCCUGAUACUACAUCGCGCGCGCUCCCUCUUGCGUCAUUACACCAUUCAAUUCUAGUGGAAAGGGGCAACUAAAGUGGUGUUUUUUGAGACUCGUUUAGUGACUGCGUCGUGGGAUUUUUGCCUUUCUUUGAACUUCGUGAUAACGUACCUCGAUCAAAUCGUAUUUCACAUAGAAUUUUGGCUUCCCAGAAAUGAUUUAUCAACAUUAGAUUAUGUGCCAUGCCUUUUGAAGUGGUGAUCUAUGUGGUAAGCCCUUGUGCCAGCCUUCUGAGCCUUCAGAGCUGUGCCGGCCACCACUCGGCCCACGAACUGCUGACUGACUACGCCCCUGUUUGCCCUCCACGCUUCUUCUGAGUUUUCUGAGCGCUUCACCAAAAUCCAACCUAUGUUAUAUACCCUUGAAAAUCCCAUCAUACACUACUGCUUUAUUUUGUAACUUACACUUGGAAGGUUCAAUCUUGAACCUUCUUGGGAAGGCUGUGUGUUCUGGCACUAGGGGACAUCCCAUGCUUCUUGUUUUAUAUGAAUCUUCAAAAACACUUUUAAAGUGUAUGUGUGUGUGCGUAACUCUUGCAUCCCUCUGUUUUUCACACUGUUCUGGUAGUAGGCUUCACUUUCCAAAUCUUCAAGUUGUUUCGUGCCUUCCAACCUUGAAGAGAAAACAAAAAAAAACCACCCGGUCUAGUCAACAGGGCACAAACAAGCCAACCUCACCAAACACCAUCUUCUUAAGAGACGGGGACAAAAAUAGGAAUUGGAAAGAAAAGAACAAGAUUUGAAAGCCAAAGUGAAGACACAGCCCAGAACUUCACUCUGUAUUUUUUCAUAUAAAAAAACGAAAAAAACAAAACAAAACAAGAAAACACAAAGCAAAAAGAAAUCUUCAUUUAAACAAAAAAAAAAAACAAGCAAGAAAAAAGGAAACAGAAAAAAUUAUUUAUUGAUUUAAUUAAGCCCUCAAACUCGUUUUCAGCGUCAUCCAACGUCUAUUAGUUUUGAUUCUUACCCACUAUAAUUGAGUUUUUCAUUCACGAAACACAAGAUAUCCCACUAAAAGUCAGUUGUAAAUCGAAACAGAUCGUUGUCUGUUGGACGUUAGGAUAAUUCGUUGCAGUCGUUACUGCUACUAUGCAUAUUUUCUAUUAUAAAGGUUUAAAAAAAAAAGGGAAGAGGAGGUGAAAGUCCUGUUGGUGGAUACGGCCGGACGAGGAGGUGGAGGGGCAGAGGGUUUUUGGGGGCAGUCGUAGUGCCAUGCGUUACGCAGCUCCCGUUGCCAUGCCUGCCGGCUUAGGUGAGUGGCUUGGCGCCGAACUGGAAGCCAGAGGCGUUGAAGCCGCAUCACUCUACGCCCGCGCUGUCUUGUCCAUCUUGCUCCACUCGGAAGUGGCUGAGGCCGAAGCCGAGCUCGAGCUCGAUCCCGAUACACAGCGCGCCUGGAACCCGCGCGCCGCAUUCGAACUGGAAUUGCGGUUGGAGCGCCAUACGAAGGAAACGAGACGCGGACGGCCGUCGAAGAAGAAUUUUGCAGCCAAAAGUUGCGGCACUGGCCAUCAUCUCUCUAAACGGUCGAGCAAUAUGGCCACCAACAAUGGACGUAACCAGGGACAAUAUGCGACGCUGAGGAGGCGUCCACAUUCGUGGAACGGCGAUGAGGAGGCGCUGAAGAAGUGCGCCGCCAUUGAGUGCCUGCUCUCGGCCACGGACGACGGCCAGUGGGGCCCUGUUGAGAAGUUGGUUGAUGAACUCUGCGCCCGUCUCAAACUGCUCCAGCUGGAGCAGAGCGGCGGCGCCGGUGACGUCAAGCAGCGCUGGACCAACCACGGCAGCGCUCCCGAAUGUUUUGAAGCGGCCAGCUCCUCCGACUCGGACUCGUUUACCAGCGUCUCGUCGCCAGAAGGCGGCGAUCCGGCCGAACACUACCGCCAGGCUUUCCCCCCGCUCGAGUACCUCUCUGACUCUGAUCAGGUAAGCACCCAGUUGGUGACUGAACCGAUAUGGAACGUUCGCAAAUCUGCCGACAAGACCCAGCAGACGCGUGUCCGUUUUGUCCGGAUGCCCGGAACACGUUUGUCACCGCCUCCCAAUCCCCCGUUAGCCAUAGUUGAUUCGUCCUCUUCUCAACAAGUCGAGGUCUAUGGCGAGUCUUGCGCUUCGGAGGCUUACUUUGGGGAUUGUUCUAGAGAUAGUUCCCUUGAGCGAGCCCCGACCCCGCCCGUCAAUAGUUGCACCGCCAACAGCAACACCAAAGGGCGUCUUUACGAACGAGGCAGCGGAUUCGAUGGGGAAGAUGGGGCUGCACUUUUGAGCGACGUGCUGAACAAUGCCUUCAAGUCGUUCUGUCAGCUUCACGAAGACGAAUAUCCCGUCCUCUGCUCGGAAUCGCCUGUCACUCAAAAUGUGGGUACUCUGAAUGAUUGGAAAAGCGAAUCUGAUUGGAGUCAUCCGGUUGGAGAUGCUAGCAAUAUUUGGGCUCCGGUCGAGUCGGAUUGGGCUUUAAUGGGGCCCGAGCCAACGACGCCAUGGCUUUCCGAUUUGGUGGCGAAAUCGUCCGCAGAUACAGCUGUCCAGCUGAGCUUGGCUCUGCUGAAUCAUCAUCCGGAGAAGAGCGGAUUCAGCCCCGUGUUGGCCAGAUCGCUGCAAAAGGCUCUGCCCAAGAGCAGCAAGUUGUUGGAAUGGUUGGCCAAUCUCGCUACUUCCGGAGAAGUUGGAAAAGGUGACCCUGACGAGCAAGAAGUGGAACACAUUUUGAAGGAGACUGAGCGGGCCGAAGACGAGGAAGAAGAGAAUCUCCUCACGUCGCCAAAGACCCACUUCUGUCCCAUUCAACAAGAAGGGGAUGUGGAAGUCCAGGUGAGCGACGGAGCAACGUUUGAUGUGGACGCUCAGCCGGAAGAAGUUCACUUUCUGCGCAGCCCUAGUGGCGCUCUUUACCUACCAGAUUGUGAGGAGAACGGUGACGGAUGGAAGGGCUGGGCCAAGUACAUGGUCUACAAGUUACCGCCUUCCCCAAGUCCGUUGCCGUUGCCUUCAGAUCAGACAGAACAGGAGCAACAGACCAGCCGCUCGGCCACUCCGUUUACAUUGAAAUUUCGUGUCGUUCAAACGGAAAAGUGCUGUCAAACAGAUUCGAGGCUAUCCAUCAAUCCUGAUAAAAUGUCCUCUGUAACACCUCGGGCCAUCUCGUAUCCGUUUUCAGCGUCUUUGACUACUAGCCAUAGUUUGCUGGAUGUAGGAGAUGUGUGGAAGUUCGAUGCGGAAGCUGUUAACAAAGAGCUGAAAGAAGAUCUGAAAGGAGACGUUGAAAUCGGAGAUAAAAAAGAUGAGAACGAGGAAAAGGAGGUGAUCGUUGGCAAAGAGGAAGAGAUGGACGGUCUGUUGAACGAAGUUUGGAACGUUGCCACGACUCUCAAUCACGAUGGCGAUGACGAAGAACUUGUCGAUGGUGGCAUUAACUCGCCAUCCGUUGAUGUGUUAGAGACCACUGCUGACAUUGACCCAGUUCCCGAUGUGAAGGUUGUGCUGGUGCCAGCGGAAACGGCACCUGUUGAAGAGGAUGUUAGCGAAUACACUCUGGACGAACUGUGGGAUCCAUUCGAGGAUGAAAGUGGACGUGUUGACCAAGUCGACGUUUGCGAAUGGAUACCACAGUCCUACGGCUUGGCGGAUGACGGUUGCGAACAGUGGGCUGAUCCGGAUGCCUUGGCGGGAUCGUGGCCGCCGCCCAACAUCCCCGUCGAGUACCUGGACGACGAGUUUUUCGAAGAAAUUUACGGCUCUUUGGAUUCGAUGAAAACUUCGGAGACGACUGGCGGCGCUGGAAAGAACAGUCGCCGUCGAAGGCGUCGCAGCAGCCAAAAGCAGCAGACGGCCCGGCGUCCCAAACGCCCUUGCAGUUUCUUUGUCGAAGGUGAAUGUCGCCGGCCCGAUUGCAAGUUUUCACACGAUCUUGGUACGAUAACGUGCAGAUUCUGGAUCGAGUCCUCUUGUUUUAAAGGUGAAGAAUGUCCGUUUCUACAUGGUCUACCAGUUGCCGAUAAUUCGCGCGAUCGGAACCGCAGCUGCUCAGAUGCCGAAUUGUCGGAAAGCUGUGGCUCCGAGGAUGCUGUGGAAUUUCCGCAUAAGUUUGGCCGUGCUGGUAAAUCCAGUCACGGCCGUAAGAAGUUCCAGUUCGAUUUGGAAGCCGACUUCCCAUCGCUUUCGCAGGCUAAAAUCAACAACCAAACGGGUGACCCGAAACCAUCACGUUCCGGGCCCGGUCCGUUGAUCAGCCAGUCUCGUCCCAUCGCCAUCACGCAAGGCUUUGCCGCUGCCGACCACACUUCGACCACUGCCGGAUCCUCCUUGGAGAAUGGAGCGGGUGAAAUGCCGGCCAACAGUGGAUUGAAACGGCGUCGCAAACGCUUCCCAUGCCAACGCGUCAGCGCUUUCAACUUUGUAGGAACUUCGACUGAAUCUUCUCCUGGUGAAACAGUUUCUAUCAACGUUGUGCCGGCCGGGAAACGAUCCCGCAAAGUGGCCAAAGUGACUCUGUGCACAACCACGGCUGGAUAUAAACGCCAAGAGAAGGUCAGUAAGAGGAAUGUCGAGGCCAUCGGCGUCGUGACGCAAUCGGAGCGGCGACGCACUAAAUCGGAGCACGACAAUGGCAGCGUGAUUGUCGUUCACGGGGGAAUAGGGUCGCGUCUGCGUCUCUCUUCCAGUUACAAAGAAGGUUAAGGACAUACACUUUACAACUAGACAACAAAACUAUGUGAAUCCUGUACCCCCCCUACUCCAACCGGUGGUCCUAUUGUACGAGUUGUGUACGUGUUUUUUUAGUUACUACCCCCCCCCCCUUUCCAAGAAAGAAAGAAAGAAAAAAAAUUUAAUGAUAAGAAAGAUUUAUAUUUAGCUUCAGCCAAUCUCUACCAAACACGUUUUAACCACCUUAAGUCUCGCCCAGCCCGCCAUUUUUACCACCUACAAUGUGCUUGGCUCUCAUUCAUGAAAAGAAGAAAGCAAAAAAUGUAACCCUUUUCUCCUUAAAAGUUAAUUUCUCGUUAAUUUCAUCAGUUUCUUUUAAAUUCACCAAUCUCCCAACCUCUGUUGGUUUUCAAACAAAAUUUUUACAACGUUGCCUCGUUUCUUCAUCCGUGUCUCCCAAAAUAAUUUUUUUUGUGUGAUUGUGACGUCGUUCCGAGGCUGCCCCCCCCCCCCCCUUUUUUUUUCUAUUUUUUCCUUCAUUUCUGUUUCCUAUUCUUCCGGCGAUUUAGUUUCCUUUCUGUUUCUAUCUGUCCGUUGGUCUCCCCAGUUUUUUUCUGAAGCGCCGGAAUGGCGUACAUCUCGCGGUGCUUUCAAUUUUCAAUUCAAAAUUAAUCUCUUACAAAAAUUUGAAAAAUUUGCUGCCAUCUUUUUUUUUAUUGUUGAAAUUUUUUUAACGAGUUUUUCAAAAAAAAGGAAGAAAAAGCCCGCCUGUCACCGUCUUUCCCGCACGUGUUCUCGUCUUGAUUGAUUUAUUUUUCUUUUGCGUUCUUGUGGCGUCAUCGAGUUCGUGUUAGUUCGUUUCGUCGCUAAUGAACUGUCCUUCCUUUCCCUCUACUGCUCCCCCUUUAUUCGUAUUUCGUCGAAAUGCAAAUGUUGAGUGAAGUAGCCAAAUGUCAUCUAUUGUAAGAGGGAAGGAGGGAAAAAAAUAAGGUGUAUCUCUUUAGAUGAUAGAGAGAAACUCCCCCAAAAAUAUUUACAAAAUUACUGAGAGGAUGAUUUCACAAUAAACUUCCCCUCCCCAAAUCUAUUUUUGUUUGUAGUUUGGGUCAACGUGAAAAAAAAAAAUCAUCAAACUAAA